AUGGCCUCUUACUGUAAACAUGUAGAAGGAGAUGAUGAGGGCUACAUGGCUAUGGAUUCAAGCUCCUUCUCCAAGUUUACUCACUAUUCGAGUCCACAGGGCAGAGAAUUCGAGUUCAUUGCCGAUGAUCAAGCAAGAGAAUUCAUCAUUUUUCCAGCAGAUGAACUUUUUUACGAAGGAAAAAUCCUCCCUCUCCACCUAUCUCCGCGCCUACAAAUGCUGCAGAGUCUGCUCCAGAACUCUGCCCCGACCCCGGUAGCUCAAGAAUGCAAUGUAUCUCCUCCUGAGUCUCUUUGCAUUACCAGUGAUAAGCUUAAUGACUACUUCUUGACUCAGCUCAGCGAGGAGAACUUCAUUGUUGGUGAUAGUCCUAAGAAAUCUUGGCCGAAGAAGAAGCUCAAGCUGAUCAGAAAGCUCUUAGCAUAUCGUGCACAUUUGAAAUCCUUUCUUGCAGAGUCUAGUUGCACCAGUGAGGCCUUUACCAUAGCUUCACCUAAGAAAAGAGAAGACGAAAACGUUUCAACAGGUGGAAAUGACUCCUUGAGCAGGAAAGUAAAAACUUCCAAAAAAAUGUCAUCAACCAAAAGUUUGAUUAGUGACCAGAAAGUGGAAUCAGAGAGUCCAAAAAAUGUUAGUCCCCGAAGACCAUUUUGCAGGAAGCCUAAGCCAGUUAAAUGUUUGUCCUCAUCCUCCUCCUCGUCUUCAUUAUUUUCAUCUUCAUCAUCAUCUUCAUACGGACAAAACCUCCAGAAGAUGAGAGAUAGCUUUGGUUCAGAUACGGAAGGCUCAGUCGAUGCUGCUAUCGCUCACUGUAAGAAGUCUCAGGAGAACAUUGAUGAUACUGAAUCUGGGUACUGGUCAUUUUCAGUCAAGAACUGCAGAUUGCAUUAG